CGGUGGAAGAACGGUUUAUACUUUUUCUAAAUUUAAAUAUCUUCAUCACACAAACACAAACACAAGAAAAUUAAAAUCUCUUAUCUUCUUUCUCAUUCUCAGAUCUUAAUCUUCCCUCUUUCAAUCACACCAUCUGCAUAAUCCUUAUCAUAUCUACCAAUAAUUAUAUCUAAUUAAACGGUAAUUCUAAUUCAUCUUUCAAGGUUUUGAUGGAUACAAUGGUUUCUGUGAAAGGAUCAACUGUGUGCAGUGUUCCUAUGUCGUUGAUUGGACCGAUCAACGGUGGUGGUUGUAGUAGAACUGAAUUUUGGGGAUUUUCUGGUAGUACCAAAGCUAAACCUAAUUCCCUUUCUUGCCAUAUUAAUGUGAGAAAGUUGUGCAAAGCUGUGAAUUGCAGUUUCAACUCGUCUUCUAAUGGGAGUGGAAGUACGGCGGAGAAUUUUAAUCAAAAUGAUGAAGAUUAUGUCAACUCUACUAUUCUUGAAGCAGUUGAGGUUAAGAGUGGAGCUGAUGGGUUCAUAGUCAAAAUGAGGGAUGGUAGACACUUGAGAUGCGUCCAUAACAGCCCUCAUGGAGGACUUCUUCCGGAUUAUGCACCACAUCCAGCAAUUGUGUUGAAGAUGGAAGAUGGGACUGGUCUACUUCUCCCUAUAAUUGUUUUGGAGAUGCCAAGUGUCUUGUUAAUGGCAGCAAUACGCAAUGUUCAAAUAGCUAGACCUACUUUAUACCAAGUAGUGAAGGAAAUGAUCGACAAGAUGGGUUAUGAAGUGAGAGCUGUGAGAGUUACUAAGAGGGUUCAGGAGGCGUAUUUUGCUCAGCUAUAUCUUUCCAAGGUUGGAAAUGAGUCGGAAUGUAUGAGCUUUGAUCUUCGACCUUCAGAUGCUAUCAACAUUGCCGUCAGAUGCAAGGUGCCUAUACAAGUCAACAAGUAUUUGGCAUACAGUGAUGGAAUGAGAGUUGUUGAAUCAGGCAAACUGUCAACCCAGUCCCCUGGUUCAGAUGGCCCAUUGUUUACUGAACUGGAUCGACCAAAUGGUAAACCUUGUGUUGAAACUAAGGAGUUCAAUCUUUUGCACAACAUGUUGAAAGCGGUUGUAGAAGAGCGCUAUCAAGAUGCUGCUUUGUGGAGGGACAGACUCAACCAAUUCAGGGCAGAAAAGAAAGCAAAUAACAGAUCCUGGAGACUCUAAAUUGUAUAUUAUUACAAAUCCAGCAUAGAAUGUGGAUGGGAAUUGGAAGAGCAGAUAGCUGACAUAUCUUUUGCUUCUUCCAUUGUGUAUACUUUUAAUAUGUUUGUGAAUAAUUAUGUGCAUAUAUAUAAACAUUAACACUAAUGUAUCAGCAUCAUGAGAACCUUAUUAUGCUACUGUUAAUAUGUAUUCUGGUUCAUCCAUUGGAUGCAGCAUGUUGCUGAUGGUUCUGUUGUGUUGUAUGAGUUACAGAAAAUAAAUAAACAAAUUCUUGCAUGUUUCUA